AUGCGGAACCCUCUGAUCAGACUGGAAUGCGGCGUCAACAGCUAUGACUGGGGGAAAGUCGGCAACGACUCGGCCGCGGCCAAGUUCCACGCUGCGACGGCGUCGGACUUCUCAAUUGAAGAAGAAAAGCCCUACGCCGAGCUGUGGAUGGGCACCCACCCCUCGCUUCCCUCCAAGGACCUCGAGACCAAGCGAAGCCUCCUAGAGCUCGUCCAGGAGAACCAGGCGCUGCUUUCUACCGACAUUGCUGAGCGCUAUGCAAACAAGCUGCCAUUCCUGUUCAAGGUGCUGUCCAUCAACAAGGCCCUGAGCAUCCAGGCGCACCCCAACAAGAAACUUGCAGAACAACUGCAUGCCAGCGACCCCAAGAACUACCCAGAUGACAACCACAAGCCCGAAAUGACUAUCGCGGUCACACCCUUCGACGGGCUUUGCGGCUUCCGCCCUCUUGCCGAGAUUGCGCAUUUCCUCAAGACGGUACCCUCCCUGCGCAAACUUGUUAGCGAAGAAGAAGCGACCAAGUUCGAGGAGACCAUCAGCGGCAAGGAGACUUCAGACAAGGAGGAGGAUGUACAAGCGAACAAAAAGGCGCUCCAGUCUGCAUUCACGAAGCUCAUGAACACAGACAAGGAUGCAUUGGCUGCUGCGAGCAAGGAACUCACCGAGGCGGCAAAGGCAGAGGGCGACAACUUUGCGGGUGGUGGCCCGCCGUCGAACACGGGCAAGGAGCUCGCGGACCUGGUCAUCCGCCUCGACUCGCAGUUCCCAGGCGACAUUGGACUCUUUGUGCAAUUCUUCCUCAACUACGUCAAGCUCAACGUGGGCGAAGCCAUGUUCCUCAAGGCCGACGACAUCCACGCCUACCUGUCUGGCGACAUCAUCGAGUGCAUGGCGAGCUCCGACAACGUGGUGCGCGCAGGCUUCACGCCCAAGUUCAAGGACGUGGAGAACCUGACCAAGAUGCUGACGUACAGCUAUGCGCCCAUCAGCGAGCAGAAGAUGGAGCCCAAGGACUACUCGCGCGUCAGACUGAAUGCCCCGGCGUACAGCUCGAAUUCAAGCAACAUGCUGUACAACCCGCCGAUUCCAGAGUUUGCCGUUGUGCGCACGGCACUCAACCGGACAGGCGCCAAGGCGACAUUUGACCCUAUUGAUGGACCCAGCAUCAUCCUCUGCACAAAGGGCAAGGGAACGAUUAGUGUUGGGCCCAAGGAGGAGGAGUUGAGCGAGGGCUUUGUAUACUUUAUCGGGGCCACAGCCGAGGUCAUCAUCAAGAGCGACGUGGAUGCCGAGGACGAAGAGGGCGCAGAGGGCCUAGUGACGUUCAAGGCCUUUUGCGAGAUUGAGGAUGACAAGGGCAAGCUAUAG